GGCGCGUAUCAGUGACAAAGUAUCAUGUUGAUACUUUUCGACCCAUCUCUAAAGACUGUACAUAUAUAUAUUUAUAUAUUUUCAAAGUAGCGGAUAAAGGCGCGACUCGUAAAUGUAAACAUAAAUCAAUCAAACAAGUGUUGUGCGAGUGUUUACCGUAUGUUGUAUAAUUUCAUGUUUUAUUUUUUAACGCCGUUUACGUGAUUUGAAAUCAUGGCAAGAUCACCGAAAGAGGCAAUCGUGAUGGUGCUGGAUGUUGGCGGGCCUGCUGUGCAGAAAUGCGACGCCAGCGGCUCAAGCUUCCUGGACAAGUCUUGCUCCUGCGUGUCCAAGAUCCUGCAGCGGAAGAUAUUCGCGGAGAGCAAGGACGAGGUGGGUCUGGUGCUGAUGGGCACCGAGGGCACCGACAACAGCCUGGGCUACGAGCACAUCAGCGUGGCGUGCGACCUGCAGCUGGUGUCCUGGGACAUGCUGGAGUCCCUGGAGCGGGACGCCAAGCCGUCGGGCGCCGCCGCCGACUGGCUGGACGCCCUGGUGGUCGCAGUCGACUUCCUGCGCGAGCAGGCCGAGGGCAAGAAGUUCACGGAGUGGAAGGUGGUGCUCCUGUCGAGCCUGGGCAGGGUUCGCGACCCCGAGCAGGUGGACAUCAUCGUCCAGACGCUGCUGGACCAGCGUGUCAGCCUCGUGGUCAUCGGUCCGGACCCUAGCAAGGACGGUGCGGACUCCGGCAAGCAGCUCGCACAGCACAUCGUCUCGAAGAUCGACGGAGUCAUGUGCAGUUUCGAGGAUGCGCUGGAGCAACUCAUGUUCUUUCAGAACAAAGCAGUGCAGCCAGCAGCGUGGAAAGUCAUCAUGGAAAUAGGCUCCACCAUCAAGAUACCAGUUGCUGGCUACCGUAAGAUCUCGACCACGAAGCUCCCCUCGUGGAGGAGCGCGCUCUCCGGGGACGGCAGCGCCCCGCUGCAGGAGCGGUCCUACUUCAAGGACGACGAGAUGCAGACGGAGGUGUCACGCAGCGACCUCGUCAGGGGCUACUUGUUCGGCUCCACCAUAGUGCCCAUCGGAGACGUGGACGAGGCGGCCAUGGGCUACCGGUCAGGCCCGCGGGCGCUCAGCGUGCUCGGCUUCACCGCGCGGGCCAACAUCCGGCGCCACUUCCUGCUGUGCGACACCACCCAGUACUUCACGGCGCAGGCGGGCAGCCAGGCUGGGGAGGCGAUGUCUGCGCUCGUCCUGGCGCUGCAGGAGCUGGACAUGGUGGCCAUCGCGAGGAAGGUCUACAACGCCGGCAACGCGCCCGUCAUGGGCGUGCUCUUCCCCAAGUCCAGCCCGUCCUCCCAGGUCCUGGUGUUCGCCCAGCUGCCCUUCUCCGAGGACAUGCGGGAGUUCGUGUUCCCCCCGCUGCCCCGCCCCGCCGGGGACGCUGACGAGGAGACCACCGCUGUGGACCAGUUGAUCGACGCCAUGUUCCUGGAGGGGGACGCGCUGGAGCCCCGGCGGCUCGUCGACCCGCUCCGCCAGCACUGGUACAGCUGCCUGGCCCAGCGCGCGCUGCACCCCGACCAGCCCCCGCCGCCCCUCGCCGCGCACCUGGGCGCCUCGCUCAGCUGCCCGCUGGCCGCCCACGAGCGCCUGGCCGACACCCUGGCCCGCCGGCUCACCGCGCUCUUCCCCCUCGAGGAGGCGGCAGCCCGCCCCUCCCGGCGGGGAGCGCGGGACGUCUUCAAGCGGCAGGUGGGUGAGGAUUCGCAGCCCUUGGCAGAAGGGGAGUUGAAACCUCUGCUGGAGCAGCUGUCGCGGGACGUGGUGCAGGUGGGCACGCUCUCGCCGGCCGACGACUUCCUGGCGCUGCUGAAGCAGGGCGAGCCCUUCCCGAGUGUGUGCCAGCAGAUGGCGGGCGUCAUCGAGAAGCUGGUGACGUGCUCGUUCGGCACGGACGACUACGGGAAGGCAGUGGAGGCGGCGCGGGCGCUCAGGACCAAGUGCCGGGAGUUGAACCCGCAGCCCUACAACGAGUGGCUGCCCCGGCUGCGCAAGAAGCUCGAGGAGAGCCACAAGGCCGCCUUCCUGGAGCUGCUCCGAGCGGGGCAGCUCGGGCCAAUCAGCAGCGAGGAGCACCCUGGCAGCACGGUGAGCGUGCCCGAGGCUGGGAGGUUCUUCGACGAGUCGAGCCGUGCGACUGCCGCCGCGCCCGACGAUCUAGACGAGGAGGACCUGUUCGACCAAAUGUAGCAGUCCGUGUCGACCAGAGGUGUCGCGUCCUUGUCUGUCUGCUGCCGAGGGUUGGCUGGACGCUCCUCCGAGCAGGGCAGCUGAUGAAACGCUCUGCUCCGUGGUCCAGAAACACAUUUCAAGUGUUAAAUAAACUCUCCUCUGUAACUUUGUAUACAUUUAUCUGGAGUACCGUUGUUGGUUUUACUUUUGUGAAAUAAAUAUUUCAUUAAAAAUGUUUGAUAACUGAAA